AUGGCCGUUCUACAGCCGGGAUUGAUGCGUGCAGUCAGCGCGCGCACGGGCAUCCGGGUUUUGGCCAGAGUGGCUUUGUCGAAGCGCGUCCAGUUCGAGCACCAGACCUGGAGUUUUGUGACGGCUGAGAUCGGCGAGUUCUGGUCGCACAGUUGGCACGGCUCUCCAUGGAAUAAGCUCUUCACUGCGCUGGCCAUGCAAAACGGUUUGAAAGCAAUCCUGGCAGGGACAAUUUCUGGUUUGUGCGCCAUGGCACUCUUCCUGUCCGAACUCUUACCCGGCCUGCCUCUUUACGGCGAUGAGGGCGGCACUCGUCUGGUCUCCUUUUGGUCCCUUGCUGCAGCCUUGCUGGCGGCCCUUCCGACGCUCUUCUUGUCGAAGGGGAACAGCAGCGUCUUCCUGGACUGCAUUUGCGUUGAUCAGCGAAACAAUGCCAAGAAGGCCGAAUGCAUCGUGAGCCUCGGAGGCUUCCUCAAAAAAUCCAAAACUCUCGUGGCCUUCUGGGAUCCUACCUACUGCCAGCGUUUGUGGUGCCUGUUCGAGCUUGCUGCCUUCCUGAAGAGUCACGGUGCUUCCAGGGCCGCACUGCUGGUGAGACCGACACUUCUGGGAGGGUGUACGUUCGCACUUGCUUGCGGCAUGUCUAUAACUAUGGUGAUCACGUUCUUCAUCAGGUGGAAUGAUCUCAUCUUGGCUGCUUUAGUCUUUAUGUGCUGGGGCUUCCUUGGUUUCACCGCUGCGGUCGCCAUUAUGCGACAUUAUUACGAACAAGUACGGGACAUGCAGGAGCAGAUGCGAAACUUUCAGCUAGACCAGGCAAGAUGUUGGUGCUGCGAAAAGGGACACCAAGGAGCAGAUGGGAGGAGUCUCGCUUGCGACAGGGAGGUGUUGACAGACUGUUUUCGCCACUGGUUUGGGAGCUGCGAGGAGUUCGAGGUGCGUGUGCGCUCUUCGAUUUCCGGUGCGCUUGCUUCGCAGCUCGGAAAACAGGCAUUCCCGUACCAUUGGCUCUUGGGCUGUACAUCACCAAUGUUGUGGUUUGAGAUGGACUUGUUUGCCUCGAGGUAUUAUGAAGACGCCCUGCGUCAUCUCCCUAACUUGUUUGGGUGGUGGCUGGGUGGCUUUCCGCUGCUUGUUUAUUGGGUGAUGUUUCUGUCGGAAAAAUGCUGUCGACCGGCUAGAUCGAGAUGGCUAAAUGCUCUGCAGACGCUCUCCAUUGCAUUCCUUGUUUGCCCAGCUUAUCUUGGCCUCUUCGCCUACCAGAUAAUGCUGUCAUGGAUGUGGCCAGGGCGUGUUCCAGGAGCUGUACUCUUUGCAGCCACGACAUUUGCCGUGGCUCAGAUGCUGUGGCAUCCACAACCAAUGAAGCGCCUGCUUCGCGCAAUGUUCCGGAAGACCCAAUCCAAAUUCUGA